AUGCGUAACACAGCAUCAGAGUGGUUGAAAAAGCCGCAGAAACAGAAACUGCUGUCUGCUCCCUGCUGGCGGGCCCUACCCCCAUCUCCUUCCACCUCAACACUCAUCCCCCAAUCACACCAUAUAGAAGACACACAGAACAAGCCAAUACCUACAGAUACGAGUGCUAUCUAUGGUUCGCAUCACAUCUUGAGUACGGUGAAACACGGACAGACCUUAUUACACACGAGCUCGCCGUUACCAGUACCACUACGCAGUUCGGUGCUUGCAGAUUCCUCGCAGUCUAUCGGUGUACAAGGUAACAAGGGUAUCAAGUCGUUCGAUGUGAUUUUAGACACACUCGCGUACAGCAAGGCACAUACCCGGUCACAUUCGUAUCCAGACCCGCACAACCACAGACACACACACAGACAGUCGCAUGGAGUGCACUCAAGAACUCACACUGGUCAUCACCUUUCAGAGCACUCGUGUACUAGCUCGCACCAUCAUCAUCAUUCACACUCACACCGGGACAGAUAUCCAGGGAAGAAUACUCCGAUACAUUCGCAACAUAGGAGGCACAAGGACGAUCACUCUAUGAGCGAACGUGUAUAUGGCGAUCUGCACGAGCAUUCAGCACUGACUAUUCACUCAGGUGUACGAAGCCACAUUCAAGAAACUUCAGAACGAGCAAUUGGAAUCUGCAUCCACAAAACCGCCAGACAGCCAACAUCGCCAUUGCCAGCACCCCUAGAUCCGGAUUAUACGUCGACGACGAACCAUACGGUAGCUGAGAACUCUACUGUCACGGCAUCGGCACACAGAGGUACUGUACCCCUUACCCACCCACACCGCGAACUAGCCAACACAUACACUAUUCCAGACACACUGACGGAGUCGGAGGAGACUUACACAUACGUACAACCAUCUGAUACUCACGAAAGCAAAACUAAGUCACUCGAGAGCAAUACUACUCUACACGAUAGUUGUAGUAGUUCACACGGAAGCAGAACUACUUCACGCGAAAGCAGAACCAAUCUACACGAAAGGAAAACUAACUCACACGAAAGUAUGUCCAGAGUAGAACACAGCCGCACAAGCGGUUCGCACUCCAGUGCCCGGCGGUCCCAACAGCCCACACAGUCGUCGCGGGGAAGCGAACGUUCGGGUACCAGAUCAUCACAGAGCAACGCUAUCUCGAAUAACAUAGAGUACACAGACAAGAGCGCGACACAGGCAAACAGCGCAAAGACCCACUUCUCGGCCGCGCUGACUAAAAACUUCAGAGGACACAAGGAUAAGAUCCGACAUGUGGCGUGGAGCUACGAUGGUACCCAGCUGGCGUCCGCCUCAAGUGACAACACAAUUAAAAUUUGGCAUCCGUUGUUGGCGCAAAACAACGAGAUCAAUUCGUUGACUGGCCACACCGGCCCAGUUGAACAUAUGAGCUUUAAUCCUAAGAUCUACAAUCAGCUAUUUACCUGCUCACAAGACAAGAGCGUACGCUUAUGGGACACCAAAACCGCUACAUGCACAAAUAACACCGCUACGAAGGGUGAGAACAUAUUUUCCGCGUGGUCGCCAGACGGGAAGUAUAUCGCCUUCGUCAACAGCAACGAUGUUUUGACUGUUGUAGAUGUGCGGAAGAUGGACACGCCAGUUAAAACGCAGAGCUUCAACGACGAGGUAAACCAGCUGUCUUGGAACAGCACUGGAGAGUUCAUUGUGCUGGCGAUGGGGUCUGGUAUGAUCCAGCCCAUUCCUUGGCCCUCGAUGGACCGUGUGCCACCCAUCAAAGCGCAUGGCGGCGGUUGCGUGUCUGUUGCAUUCGAUCCGAAGGGAAGGUACUUGGCCGUUGGGUCCGUGGAUACACAAACAAGCCUGUGGGAUUUGUCCGAAAUGGCCAGCUUGCGGACCUUCAACUCGUUAGGAACGCCCGUGGUGAGCCUUUCAUUUACAUUCUGCGGAACCUAUCUGGCUUCGGCCGCAGAAUUGGAUCAAAUAGAUAUAUCACACGUGGAAUCAGGGGAGUCGGUACAUCAAAUAGAACUGGAGGGCCAAUGCACGGCAGUUGCAUGGCAUCCAUCAAAGCACUUCCUUGCGUACACGGCGUAUUCGAGGACCCCGAAGGACGAUGAUCGUCGAACUAAUCCUUCGCCCGAGGUGAGUGUAUUCGGAUAUAAAGAUACCGGAAGGAAAAGCAAGGAUUAACAGCAUAAACACGACAAAUAUUAGGGUGGUUAAAUAAUAAAUGUAUGCAUA